GUGACUUGCUUGGAAGGUUUUGCAAUUACCAUUUGCACCAGUCCUAGAGUUACAGCAACAAUGGUUGAGCCGGUGGGUUUUAUUGAGGCCUGGAGGGCACAGUUUCCAGAAUCUGAGCCUCCGAAGAUGGAACUGCGGUCCGUCGGAGGCAUCGAGCAGGAACUUGAGAAGUGUAAGUCGUCCAUCCGGAGACUGGAGCUGGAAGUGAACAAAGAGCGUUUCCGUAUGAUCUACCUCCAAACCCUGCUGGCUAAGGAAAGAAAAAGUUACGACAGACAGCGCUGGGGCUUCAGGCAAUCUCAGAUAGCUGAGGGGGAUCCUCAGGCGGGUGGACCUGAUUCCCAGCACCCGUCCGCACAAGACCCCGGCCAGUUGGAGCGCACGAGAUUCCAGCCUGUAGGAGAGGCGCGGCCCAAACCGAGGCCUCCUCCGGCCAGGAAAUCUGCCUCACACGGAGACGGACUGGAAAUGCAGUCAGGUUUUGAGCCCCAUCAGCCAGGACAGGGGAGUGAAACUGACGGGCUUUCACCAUCCAAACAGAGAGGAGGGCUUUCUCCUCGCAGGCCGCAUCCUCCACCCGACAAGGACCUACCUUCCGACCCGUCUCUAAAAGACAAGCUGGGAAUGGGGCUUGGGGUGGCUGCACUGCGCUCCAACUUUGAACGGAUCAAACGGGCCAACUCGCACUCUGCUGGAGAUGGCAAGGGAGGGCCUGACAAACCUUUUUAUGCCAACAUGGAGUUCCAUCAUGACAGAGGACUGGUCCGAGUGAACGACCGGGAUGUCUCUGAAAAGAUCAGUUCCCUUGGGACUCAGGCUGUACAAAUGGAACGCAAGAGGUCCCUUCACUCCCUGCCGGGCAACUUGGCGACAGUGGCGAGUGAGCUGCGGCCCAGGCCGGUCUGCAGGGGGCGCUCCAGUGAGAGCACAUGUGGUUAUGAUGCAGAGUGUGAAGAUGGAGAUCCCAGUCCUCGUUAUGGUGCAUCUCGUUCCAAUGGGAACAAACCUCCACCCCCUCCAUGGCAUCCAUCAGAUUUCCAGCCCUAUAGCGGAGUAUAUGUGUCCACCGAAUCCGGUGAAGGCCGGGUAACCAUGCGGGAGCAUGCUGCCAAUGAUGACCAGCACCUCACCUGGCCCAGGAGAUCCUACUCGCCCGGGAGCUUGGAAGACGUCGGUGGUGGAGGUGGUGGCUACACGCCAGACUGCAGCUCCAACGAGAACCUGACCUCGAGCGAGGAUGACUUCUCGUCGGGUCAGUCUAGCCACGUCUCACCCAGUCCGACGGCUGCCUUCCGCAGACCUUUCAGGGAGAAGAGCCGCUCGCCUUCGCAGAACUCUCAGCACUCACUGGAUAGCAGUAGCCCUCCGACGCCACAGUCGCAGAAGAGGCAUCGCCACCCUCACGUGGUCGUGUCGGAAGCCACUAUUGUUGGAGUCCGCAAAACGGGACAGAUCUGGCCACAUGACGGAGACUUCACCCAUUCUGGCAGGACAUCACAUGACAACAGCUGCCAUGGAGAUCUGGACGGCCCCUUUACAGGUACCCCUCCUUCAUACGGUUACGAUGCAGACCGGGCUGAGGAGCAGAGGCGCCACCAUGACAUCCUACCCUACAUCGAUGACUCCCCGUCCUCCUCUCCGUACCUCAGCUCCAAGAGCCGCAGCAGCAGGGACACGCUCUCGUCCGGAUCCAUCGAGUCCGCCAAGUCUGCGGAUCUGGAUCUGGAAAAGGGGCUGGAGAUGCGCAAGUGGGUUUUAUCUGCAAUCCUGGCCAGUGAGGAGAUCUACCUCAGCCACCUGGAGGCGCUGUUACUGCCCAUGAAACCACUGAAGGCUGCAGCUACCACGUCCCAGCCCGUCCUGUCCAUCCAGCAGAUCGAGACCAUCUUCUUCAAAGUGCCUGAGCUCUACGAGAUCCACAAGGAGUUUUACGAUGCUCUUCUACCCAGAGUGCAGCAGUGGAGCCACCACCAGCGCGUGGGAGACCUCUUCCAAAAACAAGCCAAUCAGCUGGGAGUGUACCGGGCCUUUGUGGAUAACUACGAACUGGCGGUGGAAACGGCGGAGAAGUGCUGCCAGGCCAACACGCAGUUCGCUGAGAUCUCUGAGAACCUGAAGGUCAGAAGUCCCAAGGAGUGUAAAGACCAGAUAGCCAAGUACUCACUGGAAACUCUCCUCUAUAAACCAGUGGACAGAGUAACCAGAAGCACAUUAGUUCUACACGACCUGUUAAAGCACACCCCCUCCAGUCACCCGGACCACCCCCAUCUCCAGGAUGCCCUGAGAAUCUCUCAGAACUUCUUGUCCAGCAUCAACGAGGAGAGCACACCACGUCGACAGUCCAUGACUGUGAAGAAGGGCGAGAAUCGGCAGCUGUUGAAGGACAGUUUCAUGGUGGAGCUGGUCGAAGGAGCCAGGAAGCUGCGCCAUAUCUUUCUCUUCACUGACCUGCUGCUCUGUGCCAAGCUUAAGAAACAGAUUGGAGGGAAGAGUCAGCAGUACGACUGCAAGUGGUACAUCCCGUUAUCAGAUCUGACCUUCCAGGCAGCGGAGGAGACCGAGCCCGUGUCCAUCCCUCAGGUCCCAGAUGAGGAGCUCGAUGCCAUAAAGGUCAAGAUCUCUUCCCUCAGGAGUGAAAUCCAGAGAGAGAAGAGAGCUAACAAAGGGUCAAAGGUGAUUGAUAGAAUGUGGAAGAAGUUAUCAGAACAAGAGUCCCUGCUGCUCCUGACCUCUCCGAACAUGCCACUUCGAGUACAUAACAGAAACGGCAAGAGCUACAUGUUUCUGAUUUCAUCCGACUACGAGCGUGCUGACUGGAGGGACAUCAUUCGGGAACAGCAGAAAAAGUGUUUCAAGAACGUCUCUUUGACCUCAAUGGAGCUGCAGAUGCUCACCAACUCCUGUGUGAAACUCCAGACCGUCCACCACAUCCCACUGACCGUUAAUAAGGAAGACGAUGAAUCUACUGGACUGUACGGCUUCCUGAAUGUGAUCAUCCAUUCUGCCUCCGGACUCAAACAGAGCUUGAAUCUGUACUGCACUAUGGAGGUCGACUCGUUCGGUCUGUUUGUGAAUAAAGCCAAGACACGCGUGUACAGAUACACAACCGAACCCAAGUGGAACGAGGAGUUUGAGAUUGAGCUGGAGGGAUCCCAGACGCUCCGACUGCUCUGCUACGACAAGAGCUACAACAAAUCCAAAACGAAUAAAGAAGAUGGAGAAAGCACCGACCGCAUCAUUGGGAAAGGACAGAUUGCGCUGGACCCUCAGAUGCUUCAGGGUAAAGACUGGCAGAGGACGGUGAUUCCUAUGAACGGGAUUGAAGUGAAGAUUUCUAUAAAGUUCACGAGCCGGGAGUUCAGCCUGAAACGGACGCCCUCGUGCAAACAGACGGGAGUGUUUGGAGUGAAAAUCUCCACAGUGACCAAACGAGAGCGCUCGAAAGUGCCCUACAUUGUCCGACAGUGUCUGGAGGAGAUCGAGAGGAGAGGGAUGGAGGAAGUCGGCAUCUAUCGCGUCUCGGGAGUCGCCACAGACAUUCAGGCCCUCAAAACUGCCUUUGACACGAACCAUAAGGACGUAUCCGUGAUGAUGAGUGAGAUGGAUGUAAACGCCAUCGCUGGAACCCUGAAGCUUUAUUUCCGUGAGCUGCCAGAGCCGCUUUUCACAGACGAGCUGUAUCCCAACUUUGCUGGAGGCAUCGCUCUGUCGGACAGCGUGGCUAAAGAGAGCUGCAUGCUAAACCUGUUGCUGUCCCUGCCUGAACCGAACCUCAUCACCUUCCUCUUUCUACUAGAUCAUCUCAAGAGGGUUGCAGAAAAGGAGAGUGUAAAUAAGAUGUCUCUUCACAACCUGGCAACCGUUUUUGGGCCGACUCUGCUUCGACCGUCCGAGAAAGACAGCAAGAUACCGACCAACCCAACACAGCCCAUUAGCAUGGGAGACAGCUGGUCUCUGGAGGUCAUGUCACAGGUUCAAGUCCUGCUGUACUUCCUGCAACUGGAGACGAUUCCUACGCCAGACAGUAAGAGACAGAGCAUCCUAUUUUCCACUGAGGUGUAGAAUAAGGUGGGUUGGGGUGCACUCCUCCAUUUUAAGUACUACUGCACCCUGUGGACUGAGGGAGGGCCGAGAGUCUUUGCUAAACGCUGGCAGGAAUCAUCAGACUCCCUCGAGGUCUACACAGCCACUGAAGCACAGCUUGGGCUCAGCACCGGCUCACACGGACCCCAAUCCAAUGAACGGCUCUUUUGCUUUCCGACUGGGAUUUGUGUCUGGUCUGGAACCUGGAGCUGGAUCUCUCUAUACAGUUUCCUUGCACAAGCGUUCAGAUGAGCAGCUCUAGAUCAUCGGUUCACGUUUUCUUUUCCUUCGUGGUUCAUCCUGUUCGCUGCUGCUGAGUCUCCGCUGCUCCCAUCAUUACAUAGAUAUCAUGUCCAGUGUUUCCAGUGUCCAUCGCUGCUACAGUUCAUGGACGCUUUCUUAAAUGAGGACAGUACGGUAAACACAUUCCAGAUGGAUUCCACUGAUCAUCAGUAUUGAUGUGGGAAAUGUAAACCAUCAUUAGAAGCAAUACUGAAGCACCUGCUGCAGGAAGACAGGAUGUCCUUCUGCGUUCUGUCUUGUUUUUGGGAUCAAAAACUUUUGAUAAACUCUUAAUGACACUGAAAUAU